AUGUUGAAGAUUCAAUAUUCUUUAAACCUUCGAGAAAAUUGUUGCAACUAUAAAAAUAAUCAAAAAAAUAAAGGGUUGUUCAAAAUACAAUUCGGUUCUACAAAAGCUAUCAAUAACUUGAAAGCCUAA